AUGGCAAAAAGGGGUCACAUUUUGAAGCAAGAAGGGGUCAAAUUUGGGAGCUUUGACAUCCUUACAGAUAAUGAUGUUCGUGAAGGUAUGAAGAAGUUCUCCAACUGGCCCACUGUUCCUCAACUCUACUGCAAAGGCGAGCUUCUUGGUGGAUGUGGUAUUGUUAUUGCUAUGCAUGACAGUGGUGAGUUGAAGGAUGUUUUUGAGGAGCACAAUAUUCCCCUCAAACCACAGGGUAGCAAAAAUGAAGAAGCAGGUCAGCCCGAGUCUGCAACUGAGAAGGGUGGUGCAGUUGUUGAACCAAUCGGGCUUACUGAUGCUCAGAAAGCUCGUUUGGAAAGCCUUAUUAAUUCCAGCCCAGUGAUGGUAUUCAUCAAAGAUGAUGAGGUUAGACAGGGGCUGAAAGUGCUCUCAAACUGGCCCAGUUACCCUCAACUGUACAUAAAAGGUGAGCUGGUUGGCGGCUCAGACAUAGUGAUGGAGAUGCACAAGAGUGGUGAGCUGAAGAAGGUUCUGUCUGAGAAAGGGGUUAUUCCAAAGGAAAGCCUGGAGGACAGAUUGAAGUCCCUGGUUUCCUCUGCACCGGUGAUGCUUUUCAUGAAGGGCACUCCAGAUGCUCCUCGUUGCGGCUUCAGUUCGAAGGUUGUGAACGCCUUGAAGAAGGAAGGGGUCAGCUUUGGGUCCUUCGACAUCUUAUCUGACGAGGAAGUUAGGCAAGGUUUGAAGACGUACUCCAACUGGCCUACCUUCCCCCAGCUCUACUACAAAUCGGAGCUGAUUGGGGGAUGUGAUAUCGUUCUUGAGAUGGAGAAGAGCGGAGAGCUGAAGUCGACCCUGUCAGAGUAGACACCUAGCUAGCAUUCUUGCUUCGCUGGCGUUUUUACCAUAUUGCCUGCAUUGGAUCACUCUACUCUGGUAUUCAUGUCAUUGUAUUCAUAGAUCCACGUUGGUACUUGUCUGCAGUACCACAUUGCUAGAAUUGUGACACAUCUGCAGAAGGAAUAACUCACGCUUGUUCGGUACUGAUUGCAUUGUUCUUAUAUCACCAGUUCUAUUGAACGGAUGGAAGCUUUUUUGUUUAGGUAUUGUCACGAUCUAUAGACGGAUGAAGUAAAAUAUUUCUAGAGUAUGUGUGUUCGUGUAAUUGUGUAUUUAAGUCAUGCCAUUGUUCU